AUGCCGCUGGACGCGAUCUUCGCCGUCUUCCACAAACUCGACCACAUCGACAUCCUGAUGGCCGCUGACCAGGUGUGCAGCUCCUGGCGCCGCGCGGCGCGGGACGAGCCCGCGCUAUGGCGCCGCAUCGUCAUGCGCGGCAACGCGGAUCUCUACUCCCGCAUCAACCGCCAGGGGAUCGCCUGCGACGCUGUGCGGCGCAGCGCGGGGCAGUGCGAGGCAUUCUGCGGCGAGUACGCCGGCGACGCCGGUUUCCUGUUGUACCUCAGCGAGCAGGCUCCCUGUUUGAAGAGCCUUCGCCUCAUCUCAUGCGAUGACAUCUCACUUACCGAGUUUGCAGAGCUAAUAAGAAGGUUUCCUCUGCUCGAGGAGCUCGAGCUAUCUGAGUGUCCAGAGCUACUAGUGGAUUGGUCUCGCUCUCUAUAUCCUGAGGUAUACGAGGUUCUUGGGCAAGCAUGCCCACAGCUGAAGCAUUUCAGGAUGAACAAACAAUACUUCGACGAGCAGAAAUGGGGCAACAAUGACACCGAUGCCGAGGGGAUUGCAGCCAUGCAUGAGCUGCGCUCACUGCAGCUCGUGGCCAACGACCUCACCAACAAAGGGCUGGCAGCCAUCUUGGAGAACUGCCCGCGCCUGGAGUCCCUGGACAUACGCCAUUGCUUCAAUGUCAAAAUGGACGACGACGAUGGCGGCGGCGAGGACCACGACGGCACGCUGCUGCGAGAGAAGUGCGCCCGUAUCAAAACGCUGCGACUUCCCGGCGACUCGACCCAUGACUACCAUCUCGAGGUUCAAAGCCCUAGGUUCGCUUGCAAGGAGCGUGGCUGGUCCAUCAGUCCGGUCUACUACUCCCCGUGGCUCCAGGAAUCGGAGGAAGACGACGACGAUUUUUACCGUAGUCCUUCCCGUUACGAGGCUGACCUCGACAAAUACGAGAAGGUGCUUCCUAGGAGCAUGCGCACCUUCCUCUAA